UCAGCCUGGGCACAUCCUCCCACCGCCCGCGCACCUCUCCGCACAGUCCCCGCUUCGCGGCUCGGGCCCCGGCUGCCCUCGGCUCCCUCAGGCGUCGGCCUCGCGCCUCUCGACCCCCGCCCCGCCGGCAGGACAGGGAAGAGCCCAUGGCUGGGCCCCCCACCCGCACUGUCCCCAUGCUGUUCCUGGCCCUCCUGGUACUCCUGGAGCUGAGCCCAGCAGUCUCCCUGGGACCCGGAACCCCUGUUCGGAACCUCCCUGAGAAUCACAUCAGCCUCCCAGGCCCAGCACUGUGGACGCCUCAAGCCAGCCACCACCGCCAGCGGGGCCUGGGCAAGAAGGAACGGGGCCCAGGCAUGCCUGGCCGGGCCCAGGGUGGGGCCAUGGUCACCGCCACCAGGCAGACCUCUAGGCUGCCAGGGACAGGGGAGCUGCUGCCUGGGCAGAGUCCUGCAGGCCUGCUGCAGGACAAGGACCUGUUCCUGGGGCUGGCACUGCCCUACCCUGAGAAGGAGAACCAUUCACCCUGGUCGGAAAGGGUCAAGAAACGCGGCAGGGAACACAAGAGACGCAGGGAGAGAUCGAAACUACACAGAGGCCGAGCAUUAGUCCGAGGUCCCAGCUCCCUGAAGAAGAAGGCAGAGCUCUCUGAAGACCAGAUACCAGACACCACGAUGGAGGAAUCUUCCACCAGCCUGGCCCCCACCAUCCUCUACCUAACCACCUUUGAGGCAGCACCUGCCACAGAAGAGACCUUGAUCCUGCCUGUCACAUCCUUGUGGCCCCAGGCUCAGCCCCGGCCUGAUGGGGAGGUGAUGCCCACGCUGGACAUGGCCUUGUUCGACUGGACCGAUUAUGAAGACUUAAAACCUGAGGUUUGGCCCUCUGCAAACAAGAAAGAGAAACACGGGGGUAAACUCUCCACUGACGGUAAUGAAACAUCACCCACGGAAGGGGAGCCGUGCGACCACCACCAGGACUGCCUGCCAGGAACCUGCUGCGACCUUCGGGAGCAUCUCUGCACGCCCCACAACCGAGGCCUGAACAACAAAUGCUUUGAUGACUGCAUGUGUGUGGAAGGGCUCCGCUGCUACGCCAAGUUCCACCGGAACCGCAGGGUCACGCGGAGGAAGGGGCGCUGCGUGGAGCCCGCGACGGCCAACGGCGACCAGGGAUCCUUCAUCAACGUCUAGCGGCCCACGCGAGGCGCCUCCCCGCCGGCCUGGGGACUGAGCGGGAGGUUUGGAGAAACCGGGCAGUUUGCUUACAACUAGCAGUGGGUUGGGGGCGCUCAGAUGGUGGACCAGAUGACUGAGGCUGCAGCCCCAGGCCCAGCACACGCAGCCGGGAACGGGAGCCCCGCUGCCCUAAACCCAAGAGCCCAGCAGCAGCCCACCCGCGCCCACCACCGCCCGGCCUGCGCCUCCCCGUGCCCCGAUGGCAAGGUCGAGAGUGCCCUCUACUGUCCGACAACAGCACUACAACGGAUGCAAGCUUAAACACGAAGAGAUUUCUGAGUGGGAAAGAAAUGGAAACUCCCUGAGAGACGGGAAACCCAAGGGCAGGAGAUGAAUUCAUAACACCUCCUAUGUACCACGCACUGUGCUAAACGCAUGGCUUUGGCGUAUGUUUCUCAUUUACUUAUCACAAUGACCUUUUAAGGUAGGCGUUAUCACCAUUUUACAGGUGAGGAAACUGAGGCAGGGUUAGUUAUAUGACUUGUCCAAGGUCUCAGAUCAAUGUUUCUCAAAACCUUAACCUGUGUAAGAAUCCCUGGGAUCUGGUUAAAAGGCAGAUGCCGACUCAGUUGCUUCUGCAUUUCUAGCAAGCUCCUGGGGCUCGCCGAUUCUGCUUGUGGGGCCCCUACUGAGAGCACCCUACUGAGAGCUUCUAGGGAGUGAAGCCUGGAGCUGGGAUCCGAACCUGGGCCCAGCCUUUCAGGCUCCAUGGCCCACAUCCCUGCUUCUCCACAACCAAGGGCUUGUUCCAGGUUCUCUGCAACCUUCCUCCAGCGAGAGAUGUUGCCCAGUAGCUCCGUUUCUCUGUGGUGAAGGCUGCAAUUACUGACUGUUCUCCAAGUUCCCAGGGUAAAGGUGUAUCAUCUUAAAAACAAAACAAUACGCGCAUUAAGCACCUGCUUGCUUGUAAGGCAUGAUUUGGGAGGGCUGGCCUUGCCCUCUGGGAGUUGCUAUUGUGAGAUAAGACAUGCUUGAGGGGAUCAAUAAUGCUGUUCCUUCUGUUUCUAGGGCCCUGCUAGCACCGUCCUGGGACACGCACUUUGGAGUUGUCCUGAUAGCUUCUAACCUAGGGGUUUCUUUAUCUUUAGGGGUUCUUAAUUCAUGCCCUUGGAGAAUGUAAUACAAGCACAGAUUCAAAAGUUAUGUGCACCCCUUUGCAUACUGUCUUAGUGGUUCCCGGGCCUCCCACCAACCAUCCCUGGAGCACACUCACACACAGUCCCACACUUCUGCAACACAGCCCACUGGGGAGUUGGGGCACUUCGAGGUUGAGGUGCUGUCUGGAGCCAACUGCUCCCGCUGCACCCCCUAAACAGGCCAGACCCAUGAUGCCCACACAGAACAUCUCUCCCAGCCAGUCUGGCUUUACGGGCCAUCUCAGGAGAGCCACUUAGAUCUGCCCACCGGGCUCUGGUCCAGGGCAAACCAAGUUGCAAAUGACAAAAGCCUUCCCCAUCCAAAUUCCUGGCUGGCUGGACACCUGUGGAGGAACCAUGCCCACAGGAUGCCAGGGCUGUUUACUCCCCUGGGAGAAUCAGUAGGGGUCAGGGGUCUGGCACCAAGGAAAGCAGAGGGAUCUCAGAUAAACCAAAUACUCUUUCUCGUUUCUCCCUGUUCAGGUUCAACGGGCAUGGGAAUCUGAGGGGUGGGGCAGGGGAACUGAAAAAGAUCAAAGUGACUGUUUGGAAAUCAAACUGCCUGCAGUUUUGUCAGUUUGAGAUCGGACAACAACACCCAGGCUCUGUGAGCCUCACGGGGCGGCUGAUUGGAGACCCUGAUAGAACCCUGAGAAGGUGGCCGCAGGCAGGGAACCCAGCACUGUUUAUGGGGCCGGGGAGGGGGCAGCAGUUAGGAUGGCCCUGGGGCAUCAGCAAUGGAAAACAAAAGGUCAGGCAAAGCUAAAAGGCCCCCAGAGCUAUCAUUCCCUAUCAGGGGAGUUGCAUGAUUAGAAAUUCAGGACCUGUCUCUUUGCCCUAAAUACCUCUGGUUUGCAUUUGCAAAGCAGAGAGGGUAGAAUCCUCUUAAAGCUGGAGUUAGGGAUCCCAAGUCCCCCUCAGUGUUUAACAAACCUCUCUGCCGGGAAGUUCUCCCUUAGGUCUAACUUCAGUUUCUUUUGCUAGUACAGAAACCUAUCUCUUCUGAUCCAGGGUUCAGCAAACUUUUACCAUAAAAGGCCACAGAAAUAGGUUAGGCUGUGUUCCAAUAAACUAUUUAGGGACACUGAGAUUUGAAUUUCAUAUAAUUGUCACAUGUCGCAAACUACUAUUCCUCUUCUGAUGUUCUAAAACACAUUUUAAAAUGUAAAAACCCUCUUAACUUGCAAACUACACAAAAGCAGGCUGUGGGUUGAAUUUGGCCCAAUGGCCAGGGUUUGCGAUCCCCUGCUCUGCACUACCUUGGCUGCACAUUAGAACAAUCUUUCAAAGAUUAACCGAUGCCUGGGCCCAGUCUCAAAGAUCCUACUUUAAUUGGUCUGGAUUAUAUCUGGGCUUUAUGUGUUUUCAAAGCUGACUCUGAUGUACAGCUGAGCCCAAGGACUCUGCCUCAUCUGACCAUGGAACACAGCUGGUGACAAAUGGCCUGCUCCACCUCUCACCACCAUGGUGACCUUGGGAAAGUUAGUUAAGGUUUCUGACUCUUAGUUUCUCCAUCCAUAAAAUGGGGAUAAUAACUCUUCCAGCAUAGGCAUGCUGCUAGAAAUAAACAAAAUCCUUUAGAACAGUGCCUGGCACAUAUAAGGCCCCAGCAUUAGCUCCUUUAUUUUCUAGGAUAAUUUUAGUAGGUGUUCUGUUCUUUUGACAAUGGAUCCAUCACAUAUUGAAAGAUCAUUUUCAAGGUCUUAUUCAGGCUCCUUGUCCAGACUGUGUCAUCUGGAACACCGUAGCCAUGAGAUGCUCCAUUAGAAAAAAGAGGGUGGGGUUCUGUGGUCAAGAGAGGUUUGGAAAACUGCUCAGGACCCACCCCGUGGCAGCAAGUACACAUUCUGGAGACUGAGUCAGAGCUGGAAGUGAAAGUGGCUUUGCAAUAGAAGAUUCAUGAGUUCCUAAAAAUAAAACCCCGGGCAGAGCUGAGCAGGAAACCAAGUGGAAACCAAUAGUGGCUGGGACAGUCACCUGUGCCCUUCUGCAUUCCUUCUGCGAGACUCUUAUGCCAUCCCACCCCCCACAGCCCCGAUACCUGAGGUUCCCACGGGGCUGCCUUUCUGGGAUUUAUCUGGUGAUGCCACAGUGAGCCUGCUGAGAGUGGGCUGAGGGCCCGAGGUCAUGAGAGCCAAGCCUCAGGGGAAAAUGACAGCUCCGCUUAACCCUUGAGCAGUGACUGAACCCCAGGUCAGAUCCCAGAGCCACAACUCCUUCCACCCGCGGGGACGCUGCAGGAGUAUCCUUACUUUAAGCCAUAUUCAACACAUCGAAUAAACUUUAACUUUGGAAUGUUAGGUACACACUUCCUGGAAUGAGAUUCGAUUUGCAGUGGGAAAGAUGGUAAACAUAUAUGUAACCUGUAAGGAAGAUGUUUAUAAAACAGAAGCAAGGAAAAAUGGGUGCUGAGAGACAGUGGAAAGAGCCAGAAAAGCAAGCCAUUUAGGCUUCUCACUGGGGGUUUUGUGGGACUGGGAAAGGGCACCAUCACCUCCUUUGUGAUCUUUUCUCUCAUGGGAGACAGGAGUGCGUGCGUGCGUGCAUGCGUGUGUGUGUGUGUGUGUGUGUGUGUGUGUUUGAUGGGAUAGGGGCAGCAGGAAUUGGAAGCCUGCAGAACCAGGAGCUUACAUUGCAGGGAGUGUAUUUUCUGAAUCCUAAGUCAAGAUGGAUGGUCUGAUAUAGGAUCCUUGGCCUCCUUUGGGUGAGAGAAGCUUCCUGGUCCCUCCCUACAGUGUGGUCCUGCACCAGCAGCAUGGCACCACCUGGGAGCUUGGUGGAAACUGUGGGAUCCUAGGCCCCACCCCGGACCUGCUGAGCCAGAAUCUCAGCAUGUGGGGCCCAGCCACCUGGGUUUUAACAAGUUCUCCCGGCCAUUCUUGUGCACAAUAAAGUUUGAGAGGCACAGGUCUAGAACACAGAUAGGGCAACUGAAACUUUGAAUAGUCAGGGCCAUUUGGGUGAUUUGGGGGCACUUGCAUUUGGGUGUGAAAUGGCAAAUCUGAGAUCCAGUUUGCCUAAUUAAUGGCCAGCAGUGACAAAUGUGUGGGCUCUGAGGUCCUGCCUCCUGGGCUGGAGCUGCUCUUUAUUUUUAGAGGAAACCAGGUGGAGCCCCGGGGCCUGGGGCACUCUACUGUUGUGUUUUCUGACUCUUAGGAACUUCCCUGGGGGGCUGUGGUUCCUCUUUGAAGUGUGGGGGCAACAGGGAGGAGAGAGGUGCUACGCCCUUGUGGUCCUGUGAUGGCGUGUUGCAUGCACUCUCUUGAGCUGUAAAUAAAGAGAAGACGGUUAAUAUGCUGACUUCUGGUGUCUCUCUGCCUUGCCAGGAGUUAGUUUGUCUGUGCAGGCAGUGAGCAGUUGUCUGGGCAUUUGAAGGGGACUCUCAGCCUAGUAUGUCUGCUGCCCCUUCUCAUUCACUCCACACUGUUUGCUCUAAUGGAGCAUUUGCUCUAAGCUAAGCAGUAAACAGGCAGACAGGGUCUCUACCCUCACUGGGACCUCAACGUGGUCCUUUAACCAGACCGCCUGGUGGGAGUUCCGUAUAGAUCUCCCUCCCUAUUUUAGGGUUGCAGCAGCUAAGGUCCCAAAGAGAUUACAAAGCUGGUCACGGCAGGCCAGCCUCUGGCAACCUUAUUCCAGCCUGGGUGGCCAAGUGCAGGGAAAAGCAAAUGCCAGCUUCAGCAGGAAGGGGAAGAAAAAAUUGCCACUUCCCGAAGCUGGGCCUGGGCAGGCUCAGAUGCCAUCUUGGGAAGGGGUGUGAACUGUGAGGGCGGGCCUGGCUUGUCUCUUCUCUCAGUGGCAGCUCUGGUCAGCACUGCCUGUCUCUGUUGACCAGGCCCUGCAAGGCCUGCUGAUAGGAGCAAAGCUGUGCCGUGUGACUCUUAUCCUAAGUGUCUCUGCAUCCUAAAGCCAAAGCAGGGUCCAGAUUCCCAUGGGAGCUGGGUAAUCACAGACAUGAGAUGCAAGUAAGGGCCUGGUGUCCCUGCAGGAAUCUCUGUGCCCCUGCAGCCUGGAUGGACAAGCUCCCUAAAUCCAGGGUUCCUAAAAUGUGGGCCCGAGAUUCCCAGCCUCAGGAUCUCAGGAUUCGGAACCCUGUCUCAGGAUCUGCCAGGGUGGGCUUGGGAAUCUGCAUGUUUGAUAAGUCCCCCAUCCAGGUCUGAGAACUGCUGCAUGAAACCUUCCUUAGAACUGCCCCCCUGCUCAGGCCCCUGGUAGCUGAUGAAUCUUUCACUGGGAUGGUUCUGAGGAAUCAAGCCCAGAUGGUCCCCCUCUUUGUCCCAACUGCUCAGCUCUGCCACUGUCGUGCAAAAGCAGCCACAGACAACACGGAAGUGGAUGAUCCCACAAAUGAUUGAACAUAGCUGUGUUCCAGUAAAACUCCUUUUAUGGGAAAGGGCAGCAGGCUGGAUCUGCCCAUGGUCUGCAGUUUGCCACCCCUUAAUCUGUGCUGCUGACCCCUGGGUCAUGGUUGCAGAAAGGCAAGCUGGGCUUCUAAAAACCCCUUCUGACUUGAUAAUGGGGGGAAUCUAGCAACCACAAUGUUGCUCAUG